GCCAAGAGUUGGUGUAGCAGCCAAAUGGAGUAUAGCUGUAUUGAAGUGUAUCCCAAAGCAAGAUGGAGGGUUUGUGAAGGCACAAAGAGGUCUAGUUAGAGUUGAAAGUGUUAUUGGAUUGCUGGAUGAGGAU